CAUUCAAAACGAAGUCAUUGCUCUGAGUGGAAUGAUAGAAAGAGCUGGGAUCAAGGAAGUCACAGUGUUCCCCAUAAACGCAAGAGGUCCCACAGCAGUGACAAAGAAAGCAAACCCCAUAAAUCACAUCAUCUUGAAGUUUCAGACAGGUAAAAGAUUCUUUGAAUUACCAAUACUGAUAUCUCUAAUUGUAAGUAAGAUUAAUUUAAAUUAAAUAAAAAAUUGUUUUGAGAAGACAAGACUUGCUAAUGCCUUUAGGAGUUGGCUCAUUAUUUGCCACGCUUAAGUUAUGUAUCGUUUUAGUGAUACAGUGAUUAAAUUGUUUAGUUGUGAUUCUUUGAUACAAAAUAUUAACAUCCAAUCUGUUUCUGUGAAAAUCUGCCUGGUAAGGAUUUAUAUUGAAAUACAAUAUGCAGUAUUAAAUUUUAAUAAAAUGUUUCUCGUGUGUAAGAGGAUGGAGGAAGAAGGUGAAUGUUUGCUCUCUUAAAACAUUUUAUAGAAGGGUAAGUAUGGGAUAGAUUGCUUUCAUUCAUUUUUCAGGUGUCUUGCUUUUCUUUCUUUUCCUUUAAGAGGGGAUAUAGGUCUUCUGUGUCCUUCCUUUGAGAAAGGAAGACCAUAUUUUAAAGAACUGAUCAGUUUGCUUCUAAAAUGGUAGGAGUGGAUGUGCAGUACCAUGAGAUUCUCUUUUCUGUGCUGCAGCUUGCAUGAUCCCUACUUUCUGGAGGGAGAGUCUUCGCACCAAAAAUCUCUGAUUCUUAGUGUUUUAAUGUAGCACACUAACAACAGGAUUUUAAAUUCUUCAGGGUGGCAAAUUGGGUUUUAAGAGUUUCUCUUAUAUGCUUGUGUGGUUUAAGGAGAGGGAAGGAGAUAAUUGUUGUAUUCAAGAAAGCUUGGGCUUGCACUUCAUCUUUUGAUUUUUGUAUGUUUUAAAGAGAGAUUUGAAUUGUUGGAGCGGAGUAUGCCAAGUACUUCUAUUGAGAUGAAUAUUUCCUAUUUGCAUUUGGAUUUCUUAAUACUUGUACAGGUUAUUCUGCGUACACAAUUCCAAAGUAAGGUAAUAUAUAUUGGAUGACUUAAUCAACUCCAUCAUAUAAACUAGCCUGAAAAUCUCUAGCGGUUUUCUAGGGGGGAAUUGUUGUAAAGCAAAAUUCCUUCUGUAAAUAAAUAUGCCAUAAAUGUACAUUUAAGCAUUAGCAACUCAAAGAUAUUUAUUUUGUUGGAACACAAGUAUUUUUAAAGUGGAGAAUAUUUUUAAAGUGGAGAAAAUUCAUUUUAAAUAUAUUUUCAGCCAUUAUUUGGAUGACAAAUUCAUAAAUGAGAGAGAUCAUCAUGACCGGAGGUAUGUUGAAGAAUACAGAAAUGACUUCUGUGAAGUAUAUGACAACAGGCAUUAUCACAGAGACUAUGAAAAGAGUCACCGUCACCACCAUAGCAAAUCCUCUGGUCGGAGCAGGAAAAGUAGUCAUAAAAGGAAGCAUAAAAGACGUCAUGGCUCUGGUCACCAUUCACAUUCGGUAUGAGUAAUUUUUAACUUUAUUAUUAAUAGAUUAGUGAUAAAAUUCUUUAGUGAAUGUCAGAACUUACAUUGCUAAGCCACAAGUAUCUGGGACAGAUAUAUUUUAUAUAGAAAAGGUUCAUAGGUGAGCCUCUUCCUAUGUAUAUAUACAACUUAGAGGAGAAUUUCAGGUACGCAGUAAACAGGUAGCACUAAGGAAAAUAUUUAUCAUUAGUACUAUUUUAUCGAAGACUUUGUUCUAUUGGCAAUAUCCUUUGGCCAGUAGGUAGGUUACCUACUUUCUCUAAAUUCUGGUGUGGAAAUGAUUGCAAGCACCUUUCUUGCUUCACAGUAUAAAUGUCACAGUAUGGUCAAAUAGCUAUUUUACAGCCAGUUUGAGAACUGAAGUAAUGUACACGAUUAUUUAAAUAUAAUAGAUAAACAUGACAGUACAACUGAUGUCUAUCUUUUAAUACGUAACAGACACUUCAGUUCCAUACCUUGCUCCUUUCCUAGUUGUGAUCAUUCAUGUGUCUGACUAAUGGCUAUUGAAUGUUUGUUGAAAUUUGCAGAAACAUGCGAUUUGUAUUUUUUACUGUGCCCAUUUGAAUAGUUUCAGCUCUAAGAGUUUUAUGAUUCUAAGUAUUCAUACUUCCCCACUUUUCAGUAGAAGUAGAAAGCUAUGUUAGAUCAUGCACUGAAGUUCAAGGGCUUUUGAGUAAUUUUUCCACUGUUUCUCUAAAUAUGAAAAAUGUAGCAUUGCUUGAUAAAAAUCUUAAUUUAUAAAAUUAUUAUGUUUUAAAACUUUUACUGGGUCAGUCAAGGAAUUCUCCCUUGGUUAAAAGACCGUAUAUAUACAAUACAAUAAAGAUUAUAUUUUCCCAUUUAAUUACAAGAUAUUACUAAAUAAUGACAUUGCAGUCUUAAUCUCAGUCUUCAAUUAAACCAGUGUUUGAGAGACAGUUGUGUUUAUAUUUUCUGUUGCUUUAUCACUUGAAGUAUUUAUCUGAAAAUCUGUUCCUUGCCAUGUUUUUCUUCUGUAACAUAAACUGUGCCCUGUGAAUUUCUGGGGACUGAAUUUGAAAUUGCUCCUGCCAACUGUUCGUGCCCUGGUGCGUAACUGAAUGCCUGAAUAUCUCCCUGCUGAAUGAAUUGCGUAUUCUGCCCUGAAUUCACUCUGAUAUAUUGAUUGGCUGGACGAUCUUGGUGCCGUUUCCAGAAGAGUCACCGAAGGAAAGGAUCCAGGAGUGUAGAGGAUGAUGAGGAGGGUCACCUGAUCUGUGAAAGUGGAGACGUACUAAGAGCAAGAUGUAUAGAACAUUUUUCAACCCUUUUUUAAAAAAGCUUUUCAGCAGAAACUCUGUUUAGAAUAGUAUGUCAGAGGAGGGGGGCUAAAGAAAUCUUCAUUGUUCUUUGUUUUGUUCUUUUGUGCUUUUUGUUCUUUUGCAUAUCUUUUCUGUAAAAUUUAAAUACCGUUAUUCAAAAGUUCCAAAGUAGUAAAUGAAACUUGAGAUUAGAACAAGAGAUAGUUGUUAGCUAAUUGUUUCCAUGACACUUGUCCAAUAACGUAACAUGUUCAGAUGCCGAGAUAUAAAUUUAAUUAUGCUUUUAUAAUGGCACAUUUUAUAAUUGGUUCUGUAGGUCAGUAAUUGUUCUAACUUGUGUUUUGUUCUUUUUAGAUGAAAUUAUUACCACUUUAGGAGAAGGGGCAUUUGGAAAAGUAGUGGAAUGCAUUGAUCACAAUGUGAGAGGAAUGCAUGUAGCAAUUAAAAUUGUGAAAAAUGUUAGUCGGUACCGUGAAGCAGCACGUUCAGAAAUACAGGUAUUGGAGUAUUUAAACACCAUGGAUCCCAGCAGCACAUUCCGCUGUGUCCAGAUGCUGGAAUGGUUUGAUCAUCAUGGUCAUGUUUGCAUUGUAUUUGAGCUGCUGGGACUUAGUACGUAUGACUUUAUUAAAGAAAACAGCUUUUUGCCAUUUCAUAUUAAUGACAUAAGACAGAUGGCAUAUCAGAUUUGCCAGUCUAUAAAUUUUUUACAUCAUAAUAAGUUGACUCAUACUGAUCUGAAGCCUGAAAAUAUUUUGUUUGUGGAGUCUGACUACGUGGUAAAGUACAACUCUAAAAUGAAGCGGGAUGAACGUACACUAAAAAAUACAGACAUCAAAGUUGUAGAUUUUGGAAGCGCAACUUUUGAUGAUGAACAUCACAGCACACUAGUGUCUACAAGACAUUACAGAGCCCCUGAGGUUAUUUUAGCGCUGGGGUGGUCACAGCCCUGUGAUGUUUGGAGUAUAGGUUGCAUUCUAAUUGAAUAUUACCUUGGUUUUACAGUAUUUCAGACACAUGAUAGUAAAGAACACUUAGCAAUGAUGGAGAGACUAUUAGGGCCAUUACCAACUCACAUGAUUAAAAAAUCAAGAAAACGCUAUUUUCAGCAUGACCAAUUGGACUGGGAUGAACAUAGUUCUGCAGGUCGAUAUGUUAGGAGACGCUGUAAACCAUUAAAGGAAUUAAUGCAUUGUCAUGAUGCGGAACAUCAGAAUUUAUUUGACCUUAUUCGCAAAAUGUUGGAGUAUGAUCCAUCCAAAAGAAUCACUCUUGAUGAAGCCUUACAGCAUUCUUUCUUUGACUUAUUAAAAAAAUAAAUAAUUCAGAGAUCUUAUAUAUUUCUCUAAGGAGACUACAUAGACUGUGUCAGUCAAAAAAGCUAGCAUGAGAUUUUUGUAAGCUUUAAAUUAUUUUGUACAGUUACGUUUAAAUAUUUCUAUAUGUUUUGUAUCACUACCAUGUUUAUCUUGUUGAUCAAUGAUGGUCUUAAUCAUGGAUAACAAUGUAAAAAUUAAAAGCAAUUUUCAUUUUUUGAA